AUGUCCUCCUCCAUAGAUAAAGUGUCCGAAUCCGUUCAUCCUGACCAGGAUGACACCUCCACCGACAGUUCUCUUAGAUACGCUGCUUAUGCCAAUAGAUUGCGGACAAUUGUUCUCGCUUCGCAUAGAUACGUUGCGUACACGUCUGACAUUGGAGAAUCCUUUCGUCCUGUUGUGAAUCCCGCCUUUGUGAAACUUUGCUACGGAAUCUCGUGGUCUUAUGUUCUCGGUGAUGUUUCUUUGGAGGCGUGGAGAGCCAGGAUGAGACAGGAGGGAAGAUACACCCCAGGGUUGCUUCCAUGGCACACCCAGCCAGAUGCUGAUCCGGUUGCCGCGGCUGCCUACAACGGGAUGGACUGGAAGUGGGUCGGAUUACAGAGAGGUGUUUUCCAGUCGAUCGCAUCGAUGGGAUUGCCUGCUUUCACCAUUCACUCUACUGUGAGAUACUCGUCUGUUUUGUUCAAGAACAGCUCCAACAAGAGUAUCAAGACUUUUGGCCCUGUUGGACUAGGUCUUGCUGUGGUUCCUUUGUUGCCAUACCUGUUCGACGAGCCUGUGGAGCAUGCUACCGAGUAUAUUUUCGAGCAGGCCUACAAGGCCCUAAAUUCUAAAUAA